AUGGAGAAAAUCACCAUGUUCUGUGACUUGCAGUUUUCCCAAUUGGGCUUCAGGAACCUCAGCUCAGAAAGUGAGGAAGCUGGACUCAUUGUUCCCUCAGGUCCUUUCCAGUUUUAUGGAUUAUUUCACAAAAUACCCUUUGGUGCCAUUGUCAGUGAUACUUCAUGUCAACAGGCCUCUUCACAUAGUCUUAAGAACCAAGACAUUUACACUUUGAAGACUGGAAAAAUCAGCUGGCCCACCUUUUUCCUUUUCAUGUGUCUAUCCUUUACCAUCUGCACCAACAAUAGAAACACAGAAAACCCUGCAGUCCUCUAUUUUGUAUUUGCCUUCAAAGAAAUAGAUAAAUAUGGAGGAUCAAAGGAUGGUGAAGAUCAACAGGAAUACUGCUUGGGAAGGUCCACUGGGAUCACCCAGCACAGUGGUUGGCAAACUCAUUGGUCAGAAGAGCCAAACAUCAAUAGUACAACGAUUGAAAUUUCUUUUGAGAGUCAAAUUUUUAAAACUUAA